GGCGCAUACUGCUCCGUAAGGUACACGAGGUGCGGUUUCUAAAGGUAUGGUACUACCCAAUAGACAACCUACCUUAACAUUAGGUGCCUGGUUGUUGGGAACGGAUUGAUGUCCGUCUGUUGGGUGUUGCUCUGCUUCCCAAGGGUUUUGUAACGCCACUCAAUGUUCCCGUGAUUCGAGUACAGACCACGUCUACGAGUCAUGGGAUUACGGUGUUCCAUGCUCGUUUCUACCUUAUGCACUGCAAGUCUGCAACCAUCUCGUAUCGUCGCAGAUGAUGCAUGUACACCCUGGAAUCGUAUUCCGAAAGCCGAAUCUGGGACCUGUCACCCCAUGAUUUCGCUCAUUUUUUUGCAUCAUGUCGAUGAAUACCUACAUCAGUGGCAGCCUGGCAGGGCUCAAUCGGGACGUGGUAGGCGAGGGGCCGGCAUAUUGCAGGCGCGGCAACCGCAAAAUUAGGCUGGAUUCGGCAGUCCCUGAAACGCCUGAAAGAGGCUGGGGGACCCCGGCCGGCAACGAUCCCGACUCGAUGGGCCAUCACAAAGCCACAAAGGCACGGAAUAGCGUCCGUAGGAGCUACAUGUCUAUUCCGUACAUUUACCCCAUAGGGCUCCUCGUCCGGCUCGUGAAACCCGGCGAAAGCCAAGAAGGGCGGAGAUCUACGAAGGAGAUCCCUGGUAACCGGUUCCACCGCAUUCUGUGGCAGUUUGGCAGAUGGCUGACCACACGAAGCACGAAGUACAACACUAUGCUUACUCUUGAAAGCCUGAACCGCCGUUCCGGAUGCCGGAAGAGGCAACACCGGAACGUCAACUUCCUAAAUGCGAAGGCUGGAGAAAUCGCUCAAGGAAAUUGA